AUUCAGAUUUCAUCCGGCACCGAGGAGGGAGAGCUUGCCCCUGUUGGUGAGCACUACAAUUCCCAGAAGGCAAUGCGAGCUUGAGACCAUUCCAACACAAGAAGCAAUCCCGGAGCUAACGGUGCCCAAGAAAGGCAGCUUGGUGACAUUUUUUGUGCCCCUCUUCCCCACCCCACCCCAGCGCCUACUGCCCUUGUCCCAGCAGCAUCCCUAGCCCUUGCAGCUCUGCCUGCUUCCUGCAUCCCCACCUCUGCUCCCCCUGUGCACGCAGCCUUCACUGCUGUCUUUGUUUCGUUCACCCUUCCUCCGGUAGCUCUCGCUGCACUGGCCACAGACUUCCUUUAGGUCAGCACAGAUGCGACUGCAAAGCAAGUUGUAGCCAAGUCGCAAACAUUUUUGGACUGCCAGGGAGGACGGAAAUCCUGCCUGGAGGCAUGGAUUGCUCAGGACACUAAGGCCCAGGUCUGACUGAGAAGCCUCAGCAGGGAUAUGAUGUACAGGAGCCCCCCCCAGGAAGAGUCUGGGAAUGGCCCCAUGCUGUGUGAGAAGGCGACGCGGUGGUAAAAUGCCAACUAAGGAGGAACCAGCUCCACCUUGUCCCCCACAAGCCCUGCAGGACCCCAGCAUCUGAGUCUCCAAACACAAUUUCUCCUCUCCGUCAGCAAAGCUACGGGACAUCAGCUGUCCUUCGGCUACUGUAUCCUGAUGGCUCCUGCACCUUCUCUUUGCCUGCCUUCCCAGUCACCCACCCCUGUAACACCACGGCUCCUUGCCUCCUGCCGGCUCCUCUAGCGAACGAGGGGUACCCCCGACAAAGGGAUCGUGUCCACACACCAUGAAGGAUCUGGCCAGGCCGGCCAAGCGCAUGGUGCAGAAGACGCAUCCGUGCCCAGAGUGUGGCAAGAGCUUCAGCAAGAAGGGGAACCUCAAAAGGCACCAGCGGAUCCACACGGCCGAAGAGCUGCACACGUGUGGGGACUGCGGCAGGCGCUUCACGACGAGGGGGCACCUGGCGACCCACCAGAGCAUCCACACGGGAGUGAGGCCAUUCCAGUGCCACGAGUGCGGCCGGUGCUUCAGGCUGGAGAUAUGCCUCGCCGCUCACCAGAAGACGCACGCGAAGGGCGGGCCGUACCUCUGCCCCCAUUGCGGGAAGAACCUCAGCACCAAGAUCUACUUCAACAUCCACAUGCGGACCCACAAAGAGAAGAGGCCGUACGCGUGCACGGACUGCGGGAAGAGCUUUGUGAAGAAGGGGACCCUGACAGCCCACAAGGAAAUCCACAAGCGGGAGAAGCCAUUUAAAUGCACCGACUGUGGCCGGUGCUUUGGACAGAGUGCCACCUUGGUGGCCCACCAAAAGGUUCACCUUCGAGGAGGCCCGUUUAUCUGUACGGAGUGUGGGAAAAGCCUAAGCACCAAGAGGUACUUUAAUGUCCACCAGAAAAACCAUGCCAAGCAGAAGCCACCCAAUGCUAGCGGGCACACGAAUGGCAUGUCUGUCCGGGUCAUCCAGAUUAAAGACGAACUAGAUGUGGCCUUCAAAGCUGGGGACAGUUUUAACCCGAUGGAGAAUGCUUCAGCUCAAGGAGCAUCUUCAGGAGCUAUUGAAUACAGAAACCGGUGCAGUCCAAAGAUCCCUUGGGACAUCCGCGCAAAGGAGGAACCAGACGCGUCCGCCGAAGAGGAGGCCAGCGUCCCUCUGCUGGCACACCAGAUCGCUUUCAUUAAGCAGGAACCGCAGGAAAGCACCGAUGGCGAAAACCAUUUUGAUCCAAAGAUACCUCUCAUUAGUCCCCCGGGAAUCCAGGUUAAGAAGGAAACGGAUGCAGAUCACGAAUGUGAGGGGAGCGAUGCCCAGGUCAGCACCCUCACCACGUGCAAGGAGCCCCACAUUAAGGACGAGCCUCAGGAGAGCGCGGACCGCACCAGCCCCUUCGGUCAGAAGAGCACCGUCCAGAGGAUCCAGAUCAAAGAAGAACCUGGGAUGGAUGCUGGAAGCGGGGAAAGCUGCAGCCCAAAGAAAAAGCAAAAGAAAUGCCAGCGACCCAACAAAGGAGGGUCUCCCAGUGCAGCGAAGGAGAGUCCGGAGGCCAGAGCUAAAAGCAAGAAAAGCCCCUUGAUCAAGACUGAUGCUCCCAAAGAGGAAAGGAUCUUUCCAUGCCCUGACUGCGGGAAAAGCUUCAACCAGAAGUCAAACCUCACCAGACACCGGAAGAUCCACACCAGCGAGGGGCCAUAUAAAUGCAGCGAGUGCGGGGAGAGCUUCCGCAUGAACCGGAAGCUCGUCCGGCACCAGAGGGUCCACAUGAGCGAGCCGUUCAAGUGCCCGGACUGCGGGAAGAGCUUCACGCAGAGGUCCAACCUCGUCCGGCACCAGAGGAUCCACACCAAGGAGGAGCCCUACAAGUGUCCCGAGUGCGAGAAGACCUUCAAUCAGAAAGCCAACCUCUUCCGCCACCAGUCCAUCCACAUCAGGAUGGGCCCGUGCAAGUGCACCAAGUGCGGGAAGUGCUUCCCUCAAAAGCGCCACCUCAUUAAACACCAAGCGCUGCACUCCAGAGGAGGGGCCUACAAAUGCCAGGUGUGUGGGAAGCGCUACCGGCUGAAGAAAUACCUUAGGAGGCACCAGAAAAUCCACCUGAGGGAGGAGCCCAGUGUGCGAGCGAGACGCGGAGAAGGUCUUGGCGCAGCCAAAAGCACGAGCAACCACCAUCCCACCCACUUGGAGCAGAGCCCGCUCACUACCGUGAAGAGUGAGGACAGCUUGAAUGUCUCCGGGUGCAUCUUCAUGAGGUCCCAGCUGGCCCAGCACGAGCGGACACACGCGGGCGAGAGGCCGUACCCGUGUGCCACGUGCGGCAAGCGCUUCACCCAGAGGGCCAGUGUCCUUGCCCACCAGCGCGCCCGCUCCAGGGAGCGCCUGCACCUGCGCGCCCACUGCCCCAAGUGCUUCGCCGACAAGUCCCAGCUCCUAGCAGUUUGCAUCCUGGACUGGGCAGAGCUGGGGAUGAGGUCCCUGACAGCUGAGGCCCAGUUUCCAAGAAACCAAAGGAUGGAGAACCCGGCGGUAAUUAAGCUGGAGGCGGAAGAUCUGAUCAGACACCCCCCGGAGAAGUCGUACACCUGCACUAUUUGCGGGGACAGUUUUAACCAUCAGGGUGUUCUGGCCGCACAUCAAAAGACCCACAAGGAGGAGGUGCUGGCCGACGGGCACAAGCAGGACAGGAGCAUUGACCCGGCAGCUCAGCUGAUGACCCGGCAGGCCGUGAAAAUGGAAGAGGAGAGCAGCAAGGAAGUCCGAAAUCCAGCUGGAGACCUCUCAGCGCCUGAGGAGGCCCCAAGGAGGGAGAAGCCCCACUCCUGCCCUGAAUGUGAGAAGAGCUUCAGGAUGAAGGUGGACCUCACCAAGCACCUCAGGACCCACACAGGGGAGAGACCCUUCCCAUGCGCCGACUGUGGCAAGAGGUUCAUCACCAAGUCGCAGCUGAAGGAGCACCGGCGGAUCCACACCGGGGAAAGGCCGUAUCCGUGCCCAGACUGCGGGAAGAGCUUCACCCAGAAGUCGCAGCUCAUCGUCCACCGCAGAGUCCACACCGGCGAGAAGCCCUAUGCGUGCGGCAGCUGCCAGAAGAGCUUCGCCGACAAGUCCCAGCUGGUCGCCCACCGCCGCAUCCACACCGAUGACCGCCCCUUCCCAUGCGAGCUCUGCAGCAGGGCUUUCCGCCAGAAGAUCACCCUGAUCAAACACCAGAGGGUGCACAGCGGGGACGGGGCGCGCCGGCGUAGCGGGCCCGGGUCCAUUACCGGCGAGGCGUCCCGGCUCAUCGUGCCCGAGUCCACGCCGGAUGGGGGGAGGAUCUUCCGGUGCGGCACGUGUCGGAAAGCGUUCAAGAAGAAGUCCGUCCUGGUGACCCACCAGCGAAUCCACACCGGGGAGGAGCCGUAUCGCUGCGGCGAGUGCCGGAAGGGCUUCCGCCAAAAGAUCCACCUCAUCCGCCACCAAAGGACCCACACCCGCGUGCGCGCCCACGUCUGCGCCCAGUGCGGGGGCAGCUUCAGCAGCAAAGGGGAGAUGCUGAGGCACCAGAAAUGCCACCACUUGAGUGAGGGGCCCCACAUGUGCAGCGAGUGUGGGAAGAGCUUUAGCCAGAAGGUGGGCCUCACAGCCCACCAGAGGGUCCAUGACAGGGGAAAGGGGGCUUUUAAGGGGAGCCUCAGCGAGGCUGGAGCUCACGGGGGCACGGAGGGGAAGCCCCCUGCCAGAAACGGGGCCGGCGGUGGCCACCGGGUGGACUCCUCCACAGCGGUGCCGCGGAAAGGCGCGGUGUACACGUGUGCCCUGUGCGGCAAGACGUUCAUUAAGAAAGGCAACUUGGCCAACCACCAGCGGGCCCACGCAGAGGAGCGGGUGCACCGGUGCAGCGUCUGCAGCAAGGCGUUCAGCAAGCGGGGGGAGCUGACCAAGCACGAGCGCAUCCACACCGGGGAGAAGCCCUACGCGUGCGGGCCGUGCGGCAAGCGCUUCACCCAGCGCACCCAGCUGGUCACCCACCAGCGCAUCCACACGGGUGAGAAGCCCUACCCGUGCGCCGACUGCGGCAAGCGCUUCCGCCAGAAGAUCGCCCUGGUCAAGCACCACCGGGUGCACGAGAGGGCCAAGCUGGAUGGGCGCCCGGAGGGCGAGCGGGCUGCGAGCACCCCUGAGGACAGUGGCGGCAAGGAGCACGGGUGCAGCCAGUGCGGCAAAUGCUUCAGCACGAAGGAGAACCUCGCCAGCCACCAGCGGCUCCACGCGGCCGAGAGGCCCUUCGGGUGCGAGGAGUGCGGGAAGAGCUUCACCCAGAAGGCGCAGCUGGUGGUGCACCGGCGCAUCCACACGGGCGAGCGCCCGUUCCCGUGCGCCGACUGCCCCAAGAGCUUCAUCGACAAGUCCCGCCUCAUCGUGCACCGCCGGACACACACGGGCGAACGUCCCUUCCAGUGCACCGCCUGCGGGAGGGCCUUCACCCAGAAGAUCGCCCUCACCACCCACCAGAGGGUCCACACCCGGGAGCACAAGCCGGCCCAGGAGCUCUACAAGUACUCCAAGCGCGGGGAGAACUACACGGCCGAGACCGGGGAGGAGUGGCCGUUCCCCUGCCCCGUGUGCGGCCGCGGCUUCCGCAAGGAAAUCGCCCUCAUCACCCACCAGCGGGUCCACACCAAGUACGAGCCCAACCGGUGUAACAAAUGCGGGCACGUCUUCCCCAACCGGGCCCAGCUGCUCCUGCACCAACCCUCCCAUGCCGAGGACCGGCCCUUUAAAUGCGACACCUGCGGGAAGGACUUCAAGAGGAAAGAGAUCCUGAUCACCCACCAGCGGAUCCACACGGGUGAGGUGCCCUUUAAGUGUGCCCAGUGCAGCAAAAGUUUCUCCCAGAAAGCCAACCUCAUGAAGCACCAGCUGACCCACGCGCGCCGGGGUCCCUUCAUCUGCUCGGACUGUGGGCAGAGCUACACCACGGUGGGGCAUUUCAAGAGGCACCAGAGGAACCACCUGAAGAAGAAGGACCCUCCCGCGGAUGGGAAGGACGUGGCAGAGAGGCCCAGCGCAGGCAGGGAGCAGCAGACGGGCGAGCACAACGGGCCCGUCGUCGUGGUAAAGACGGAGGUCAAUGCAGAUGGCUACGAGACCCUGCCGGUCCCGUGAUGACUGGCUCCCUAGCAGAGCAGGAUGUGCUUCAAAAAAUGUCAUCCAGUAGCUCAUGCAGGAACGGGAGCCCAGAGUCCACCCCCGGCGCUGCCAACCCCGAGCGAGCUCAAGUCAAGCCAACCUGAAGACAAGAGCACGGUUGUCUUCAACCCACGAGGUUUCAGGGCGAAAGAACAAUGCGCUGGGGGUUGUCUUUAUUUGCUUUCUGGCUUAGGAGCCUUCAGGGGAUCGUGCUUACAAUUUUUCUCUGCCCCCACGUGGGAGAGAAGCUGACUUAUUAUUUUACAUGAAAUCUGUGAUUUCUGAUAGAUGCACUUGACUCCAGGAGCUGGAGAUUUAAGGGAGGGAAAAACACCAAAUAUUAGGACAGUCAGCAACACUGACUCUCCCCAUGGGCUUCAGUGGAAGCUGGGUAAGCCCCCAUCCCCGAGCACUCGGCUGCAGGCACCAGAAGCACUAAUUCAUAUUCAGCCUGCCCUCCUGACUCCCAGGUAGACUUGGGGAGAACAUCUGCAUCCUUCAUUCCCCAGAGCAAUAAAGAGAGGAAGACGACACGGAUAAAGGUGUCCAUAAGGGUGGACCCCCGGGCUCAUGUAGAGCCCUAUUUAAUUAGUGAGGCUGUAUAGGGGAUGCAGAUGUUCUCAAGUGUGGACCACCUUGCAGGAGCGGGGCCCUGGAAAAAGAGCGCCUGCUAGAAGCUGACGGUGUUUAUUUCGAAGUCUGAUGAUCACACUUUAAAAAAAACUCCCGCGUGGUUUUUAUUGAUCACUGAUGUUAUUAUUUUUUUAAAUAAAGGCAGGUCACUGCUGACACAGCUUCCGCGCAAUGCUAUGGUCGGGAAUUGAAACACACAGCUGUUCCUCAGCCUGUCUGGCCACUGCCUUCUUCCAGGUUACUUCUGGGGGGUGCAAGGUGUAAACCUGGAGUAAUGCAGGGGGAAAGCCGGCCCGAGAUGCUUCAGACCUUCAGCUCUAUAUGAGCUAGUGGAAUGAUGUUAUUGGAAACAGGCCGAGUGAUACCUUGCAGCAUCUGCUCUGUGCUUCCCACCCUAAACAUAGCUCUGGCACUCCUGCGCCUAGCCAUUUUACUGUCAUUUUACUGAGUAUGGGGUGUACUCGAGGGAGCAUUGCUAGGGCUGCUGGAAGGCCCUGCAACUGGUCUUUGCCUUGCAUUUGAAUUCCUAACCAUAGCAUUGCACUGCCAUGCAUAAAACCCCUCUGAGAAGGAAAUACGUGACACAGGCCUGAGACCUAGUCGCUCCAACAAUGCAAUCCCAGAGGAAUGACGCUGCCCAGCCUGCAGACCCCAGGGCAUAUGCAAGGAGGGGUUGCCCAUCCCCACCACGCGCUCUUCCCCUUCAUGGCUUCAGGUCUUGCUGAGCACUUAUCCUUCCAUUGCCUUCUAGUCCUAUGGACGAAUGUGGCUGAGAUUGCUAGGUAAAGCCCAUGUCUCCUAGCUCCACCCGUCUCAGCUGAACACGAGCCUGCAAAAACCCACUGAGUCCCCGCAACAUGGAGGAUCUUCCUUCCACUCAGGGCUGAAGGGAGCAGUGGUAUAUAGGACACAUUCCCCAUCUUUUUGUCAGCUUUGGGCCAUCCCAAUAGAUCUUCUGCUCUCACCGUCAUCCCCCGUGCAGCGGAGAUGGUGGCAGAGGUCACAGUGGUUUGGGAAACAGUUUUGAAAGAAUCCCACUGGUGUCCUAUGUCUUCUGCUGUCUCAUGUUAAAAGUGUUAGGACUUGCAUGAGAGGCAGGAUCUUUGUUCCUUAAGAGUUCACAUACUGGCCUCCUGAAGUCAUCACGCAUCAAUGGGGUCAGAGGGAAUGUCCCAAGGGACAUUUGCUUCCAGGGACUCUUCCACAGCUGCAUACAUGCCGAGAGAGUUCCCUGGUAUCCCUAAAAUGUUGCUUUAAAUUCCUUCCCAAUCAUGCCAGCAUGGCGGAGCACAGGAUCCUGUGGUUGGAAGAGACCUCUGAGCUCUUCUUGUCCAACCCCCAGCGGUCCAGCUGAGCGGCAAACAUCAUUUUAAGCACACGAACAAUAUUAGAGGGGCUUAAGAGUUAGACAAGCAUGAAAGCAUUUGCAGGGUCAGGGCCUCAAUGGUACAUCUCCUUCCUUGAUUUCUUCAUAGAUUUAUGGUACCUGCCAUUCUUCUGCUUGUAGCUAAUGCUGCUCUUUCAGCCUCUGC